AAAUAACCCACAACCCCCUCCUAGAGUGUCACAGAAAGAAGGCUUUAAAUAUCCAUUACACCUUCAGUUCCCUUAUUUAUUCUGUCUCUUCUCAAAUCUCUUGUUUCUUCUUCUUCAUCCCAGCAACAAAAUAUGGGUACUGAAGUGGUGAUGGUCGACGAAAUUCCCUUCCCUCCUCAGGUUAAUGAUACAACCAAUCCAUUAUCUCUGCUCGGUCAUGGAAUUACAGACCUUGAGAUACAUUUUCUCCAAAUUAAGUUCACAGCCAUUGGAGUUUACUUGGAUCCCAAAAUCGUGACCCAUUUGCAGCAAUGGAAGGGAAAAACAGGGACUGCCCUAGCAGAAGACGAUGACUUCUUUGAGGAUCUCAUUUCUGCACCAGUGGAUAAGUGUUUGAAAGUUGUGGUGAUUAAGGAGAUCAAGGGGUCACAGUAUGGAGUUCAGCUAGAGAGUGCAGUGAGGGACCGAUUGGCCGCCAUUGAUAAGUAUGAAGAUGAGGAAGAAGCUGCUCUGGAGAACCUCGUCGAGUUCUUCCAGUCCAAAUAUUUCAAGAAAAAUUCUCUGAUUACAUUCUUUUUUCCGGCAUCUUCCGCCACUGCCGAGAUUGUGUUCACAACCGAGGGAAAAGAGGACUCAAAAAUCAAAGUGGAUAAUGCAAACGUGGUUGAGAUGACGAAGAAAUGGUAUUUGGGUGGAAGCAGGGGAGUCUCUUCUACAACCAUCUCCUCCUUGGCCAACACUAUCUCUGCCGAGUUAUCCAAAUAAAUGGUUAAUCACAUUAAUUUGCUACUCUUCCUAUAUAAUUUGUAGGGGCCACCAACCCCACCCCCAAAAAAAUGCAUCAAUUGGACAAUGUACUCCGUAUUUGCAAGAUAUUUUGUUAAGCAUAUGCCCUUGAAGAUAUGUAAUCACCCGUAAAUUAUGCAUAUCAGUUAAACUAUAUUUUAUAUGAUUUACAAUGCCCAAAAGUAGAUAUUUGUUGUUCUGAAUUCAUUCAUGAAACGGAAACAAAACUUGCCAAGUC